AUGUCUAAAGAGUCCGACUUGGAUAAUUCGCUUAACGAGCUGUUAAAGGAGCUCAACGCUGAGAUUGACGGAACUCCGACUUCUUCAUCGACGUCAUCGACGUCUUCUUCUGGAUCUUCAUCUUCUUCUGAAGAUUCCAAGGCUCACUACACACUCUCGUCGUUCCCUACAGAAAUGUCAUGUUCUGAAGCCUUUGAUCAGCUUGUGGCUUGCUACUCGAUCGGCGGCCAGAUGCGUCAUAUCUACCGCUACGGCAACAUCUCUUACUGCGACGGCCGCUGGGCCAAACUGCGGUUUUGCUUGCGUCUCAAGGGUAUAUGGGAUGAUGAGGAGCGUGCUAAACGGGUAUCCAAAUACUACAUGGAAAAACUGGCCGAGAAGAAGAAACAAACAGGUUCUUCCGAGGACGUGUGGUCCGUCCGUACUGUGCCUGUGCUUAACCCCUUCCGUGAUGAUCUAUAUGCGCUUCGCGAUCAAGAAAGCAAUAGCGUAGACGAGUCUUCUGUCAUUAACUAA